CACUGUUUCCAGACCGACAAAACUUCCACCAAACUGAGUGAUGGCGGCCGCCGUGUCCGUUAGCGCAGCUGCCAGAGAAGAAAGCACAGAAACACCGCUCAAUUUCGCCUCCCGUCCGUUUCAUGAAAAUUACGACCUCCCUGUGGACCACGUAAACUGGAUGUCCGGAGACCGCGGGCAUUCCCAACUCGAGCCCGGAGAAGACGACGCAUCCCCGGGGCACGAGUGUCAGCGGAGGACCGAUGAGGAGUUGACAUCAUUGAGCCCCGAGGAGAUUGAGGGUCGCUUGGACAGAACUCGCCGAGAGUUUUACAACCGUCGAAAAAUCAUAAUAAAAAACCUACCAUCCGAUGUUAGCAAUCAGGAGGUGCAUGAACUGUUGGGUAACUACGACCUGAAGUACUGCUUUGUGGACAAAUACAAGGGCACGGCAUUUGUGACACUGCUCAAUGGGGAACAGGCGCAGUGUGCGAUCAAAGAGUUCCACCAGCACGUGCUGCGGGACCGGGAGAUCUCUGUACAGCUGCAGCCCACAGACGCUCUGCUGUGCAUCGCCAACCUGCCCCACGCCUUCACCCAGCAGCAGUUUGAAGAGCUGGUGAGACCCUUCGGAAACUUGGAGCGCUGUUUCCUGGUGUACAGCGCCUCCACCGGCCAUUCCAAGGGCUACGGCUUUGUGGAGUACAUGAAGAAGGACUCGGCGGCACGGGCCAAGUCGGAGCUCCUUGGGAAGCAGCUGGGCUCGCGCAUGCUGUAUGUCCACUGGACGGAGGUGGGCUCCCUCACCUACCCGCUAUUGCACUCCAGAUGCUUGUGUGUGGACCGCCUACCCCCCAGCCUGCUGACAGCCCAAGACCUCCGCAAUGCCUUGGCUGACACCCACGCACCAAUCUUCUGCCAGUUGGCUCAGGGACAGGAUGGAAGUUUCCGGCGGUUUGCGGUGCUGGAGUUUGCCACGGCAGAGAUGGCAGAGGAGGUGCAGCGACUCACUGACGGCAGGGUACUUGGCGGAGCACACAUCCGGGUGUCCUUCUGUGCCCCUGGUCCUCCUGGAAGAAGCAUGUUGGCUGCUCUUAUCGCUGCCCAAACCAUGGCUGUGAACAGAGGCAAAGGUCUCCUGCCUGAGCCCACUGCCAUGCAGAUCCUUACAGGCCUCAGUAACCCUGCCACCCUCAAGAUGCUGCUCAACCCCCUGACCCAGGGACGCAAACAAGGUCUCCUCGGGGCAGCUCCGACCAUCCCACUGCUAGCCAACCCUGCCCUCUCUGCUGCCCUGCUGCAGCUGCUCCUGCAGAACCAGGCCCAGGCCCAACAGGCAGGACUCAUCGGGGAGAACCCUUUGGCUGCUUUGCCUCUCCAGCAGGGAGUCCAUCUGCUCGGAGACCUGCCCAAAGGUGGCGUGGUCCCAGGUCUUGGCCUACAGACGGAUCCUCUGGCCCCCCUGAAGCCCAUGUCUCUUGGCAGAGCCUUGGCAAGGGAGCAGGAGUCCCACAGCAGCGUGCACCUUCCCCCAGACUCCCUCCCCACCCUGCAGAGCAUCUCUAUGCCCCUGAUGGGUGGCAUGAUGGGGGCAGAGGGCCUCGCAGCACAAGGGGUGUCCAUACUAGGAGAUCCUCCCAAAGAGGUGAAUCUCCCUCAGAGUGCCUUCCUCAAUGUCCACAACCCAUUUCCCACAGGAGGAAGCUGCAGACCCCACCCAUACAGAAAGAGGCCUACUCUAAGUAAUGUGUCCAACCAGCGCACAAACCAGAGCAUGCAAUCAAGUUACAACCUGCGCUACCAGGAGUCCUAUAGCCCAGAAUACCCUUCUCUACACCAGGAUCUUCUGGCCCACCUGUAUGAACAGCAGGAGAACCUGGAUGCCGGGGCUUUGGCAGGAUUUGGACAGCAGCUUUCUCGUCAGCCUGACUACAGCGAGCGCUCUUCCCACUACGCUUACCCUCCCAGCCCACCCCUGUCCUCAUACUUCAGCUCAGGGCCGGGGGCCCCCAGUAGCGGCGGCCUCCCCAGCACCCAGCUCAAUAAGGCUGUGGGAAUGCCUCCUGUGAGCCACACCAGCAGCUACCCACCUGGCCUGGGGAAUGGGAUGAAGACUCCUAUUGGUGGCCAUAAGCGUGUGUUCUCCCGGCUGAUCCCGUCUCCAGAGCCCAGUCCUGAAGGGGGCUACGUGGGCCAGCACUCUCAGGGCCUGGGAGGCCAUUAUGCGGACUCGUAUCUCAAACGCAAACGCAUAUUCUAACUACAGCCAAAAUGCCUCUUGCUGUAUGAGUAGCCAUUCAACAGCCAGGACAUGAUAGACUCUCCAGAGCUCCUCCAGUAACAGUUUUAUCUUGGCGGUCCAUUGAUUCCUAUUCUGUGUGCUCCUGUUAGUGUGACCCCUGGAGGGCGCCUGGGAGCGCAGCUUAUUGCUAUCCGGACAGUUGCGUGCCAGUCUGUGGGAGUUCUUGAUGUUUUUUUUUUUUUUUUUUUUUUUUUUUUUUUUCCCCUCGCCCAUUGUAUAUAUGAUUUCAGUGUGUUAGUAAAUUAAGUUUUUAUUCUUUUUUUAAUUUGAUUUUUAAUUUCAUGAAGCCCUUUUGUUAAAUACUUGGAGUAUCUUGUACAAUAAGAAAAAAUGGUGCAUUAGCUAAUUGAGUCUUUUCUCCCGAGCUGCUUUUUUUCCUCCUGUUGAGUGUGGCGUGUCAGCAGGUUCAGAGCUAGUAGAUAGUUUGACCAUUGCAGAUUUAAGUGGCAAUGGCUAGCAUUGUAUCAAGAAAUACAACUCCUAUCCAAAGGCUCUGAACUUUUUUUUUUUUUUUUUAAACAGCCUUCCUAUUUGCAUGUAAAAAGUUCAGUAGUUUGUUUAAUGGGAUGGUGUUUUCUAUUUUAUUUUCCCUUCCAACUUCUCCCACAGGGUUAUAUUUUGCUGUAUGCUUCUUUUUCUGGACAGGAUUCAGGCCUCUCUCUCUCUCCAUUGACAUGCAGCUCUCCAUCCAGCAGUAGUGAUAGCUGUAUGUACCUAUAUGUAUUCGCAAACUGAAAACUUUUACAGAACUUACUCUGGAAUAUUGUCACAAGCCUUCAUUUUUUUUCCACGUUGUUUGUCGUUGAACCACACCCCUCCAUCUUGUUACGGAGUCUGUUCUCUGCACUGGUUGUUGAGUGAUGCACAGGUCACUAUACUGCUCUGUUCUCACCUGUCUGAUCUGCCAUUUCAAAGUCUGUUCUCACUCAUAUGUCCAGAAGUUGAAUAUUUUCUGUGUUGGUGUGCGUUCUGUCUUAUUUUUAAUGUCUUUUUGAGUCCCAGCACCGCACCUAAAUGGUCUGUUUGAAUUGAUGGGUGGUGCAUUGGACAUCGUGUGCCGUUUCUUGAUCUGCCCGCAGAUAAUUAAUACAGGAACACCUCCAACCUCUCCUCACUGAGAGGCUUGACCUUCAUGUUACUGUUGUAUGAUGAAGUGCCUCAUCUGGUCCUGGUGUGCCGGUUGUCUCCACCCUGCACACCAGCAGGGGGAGGUGUCCAUCUUUGGUGGAGAGGGGUGGGGGAGACAGCUUCAGGUGGCUCCUCCAGCCAAGUAGAGCACGGUUGGGAUGAAGGACACGGCCUGUGUUCAGACUUGAGGUGUGUGAAGUUUUUCAGUGACAGCAGGCGUUGAGUCUGUCUGGGGAGGUGCUAAUGGAAGCUAGCGGCAGGUGAUUGGUCAGUGACAGUCUGUGCGUGUUUUUUCUUUUUUUUUUUCUUUUUUUUUUCUUUUGAAUAAUGCUCUGGUUGACAAUUUGAUUGUGAUAACCCAUUACCUCUGACUUCUGGUAGGAAAUGCAAAUACACUUGAGCCUUAACAGUGUUUUUUCUGUGAUCUCAUUCUGCCCUGUGUGGGCUUCCAACUACAUUUACCAUUUCUGUGUUAUUUGCUGUGUAAAUAUUUAAGCUUGAUCUUUUUUUUUUUUUUCCUCGGAGUCCAAAGCUCUUGUUUUCUUUAAUUACAUCUGCCUCUGGUCUGGUGUUUUGAUUGAAUUUGCUGCUCAACGUGUUUGUGUUGUUUUCCUGUAUGUUUGAAAGAUGAUAUGACCAAGAGUGGCGCCACAGCAGACUGCUCAUGUUGUGUAUGGACCAAGAGAUGCUGCUGCACUGUAUGAUCAUUAUUAAUUUGAUUGCUUUAAUUCUAACUGCUAGCCCUCUCAUCUGUACCGCCAUGGUUGUCUCUGUAUGUGUGUGUGCGUGUGCGAUGUGAGCAAGUAAAUGUUAUUUAAAACUCA